GAUGAUGAAAAUCUAAAAUAUAUGGCUACAAUGAGCAUUUUAAUAACAAUAUUAAUUCAAUCCUAUAAGUAUAAUGUGCCAUGUAAUAAUAUUAAAACCGUUAUAUGUAUCUACUUAACAAACUCCUUAUCGUCGUGUAACCCAGAAAAUGUGUUGCUGUUAAAAGAUAAGCAGUGUUAUCACCCAGAAUUCAACCCAGUUAUAAUAACAAAUUUGAAAAUGGGGAGACCAAAUUUUUAAUUGUCUAUCCAUCACAAUCUGAUGAGUCAGUUGUUACUGGUGACACGUAUCCUAGUGGUGGUCGUCGAUAACACGCUAUAUGAUGCGCUAAAAGUGGUCUGGGUUUCUUUUCCUUUUUCUUACUUACUCCUGCACUGCUACUUUUGAUUGCUGAACUUGUCGAGACAGUGUUCUCAUCUUCUAUUGAUUUAGCUUGACUGCAAACUGCGCCGUUCCUGAUAAAAUGAUGUUCGUUUGGCGUUUCUCGAGCUUCCUCUUUCAAUUCUGCUACCAGUUUUCUUUAUUGUAGAGUGAAUAUCUUCAUAUCUUCAUCAGCUGCUAAACCGAAUAUCACAAGAAUGGGGUGACUGGAUGAGAAAACCGUGUCCAAAACAGAAACGAAACCAGUGUGUGAUAAAAACCAAUGAAUUUAGGCAAUGUGGCUGCAAACUCAAUCCCGGUCUUAAAAACAUUGGAAAUAGCAGGUGUGAAGGGGAUAUGUACAUUAGGGACGUUACAGAUUGUCCACUGGUUCCGUACGGUGAAUGUAAAUGCAUAUGGAUGCAAGGGAUAUCCACCCAUUGUGAAGUGGGCAGAAAAACAUGUGACAGCAGUGUAACAAGUGUCACAGCCCCCCGUUGUGCGUGUAAACCUAGCUGGCAUGAAGGAGCUUGUGAGGAGACUACAAAACCCCAACUUCUACUAGAGCAAACCUGUCCUCCUACCUUGCAAUAUGAGUGGGAAGAAUGGGAGAGUUGGAGUGACUGCGACGUGUUCACUUGUAAGAGGAAGAGAUAUAGAAAGUGCGGGUGUCAGGACGACACUGGGGUCCACUUGGAAAGUAACUGUGAUGGAGAAGCUUUUCAAACAGAGACCUGCCCGACAGUGUGGGGACCGUGGGAGGGCGGGUGCACUUCAGAGGAGCCAACAUGUGCAGCCUCUCUUGCAAUAGCUCGUAGGUCCUGUUGCUGUCAAGCAAAUAGAGGUAUACAGUGGGAGGGCAGCGAGGCACAGGACAAAUGUGGAUAUCUGGGUGGCUCUGCAACACGAGAGGAGGAAUGCGCUGCCAAACCAUAUGAUGUGACAAGUUGGGGGGAGUGGUCAGGAUGUGACAACACUUGCAACCAGCGACAAGACAGAGAUUGUGCCUGCACUGACGAAACAAAUAGACAGGAUCUUGACAGGAGCAAGUGUGCUAAUGGUACUAGCUACCAAAUGGAAAAAACCUGCAGCAAAGGUUGGAGCGAGUGGAGUAACCCUGACUGCGGAGAUAUAACCUGUGUAAUGAAAACAAGACCCAGAUUCAGAAUGUGUUUGUGCGAGAAUGGGCUCAUGUUAGACAACAGGGAGUGCGGAAAGCUCUUCGAGAUAGCAGUUAAAUGUCCCUUUAUCCCUCCCGACGAUCCAAAAUGCAUAAACUGCAUUUGCUCGGAGUGGGAAUGUGACGAAGAGUGUGAUAACACCUACACUAGGAAGUGUGGUCCUACUCCUGGGUGUGAUAUUGAGGCACGGUUUACGAAAGAUAACUGCUGUUUAGACAAGCCACCUUGCACGUGCACAGAGUGGGAAUGUAAAGAGUCAUGUGACGCUACCAUGAUCCGGACCUGCGAGAACAAGUGCGAUAUUGAGGAGAAACCUAUAGCCCAGCCCUGCUGUUCUGUUGAGCCUGUUUGCACGUGCACGGACUGGCAGUGUGCGGACACGUGUGACGGGACUAUGAUCAGGAACUGUGCGGAGGGGUGCGAGAGGGAGGAGGAGAAGGAAAUAGGACAGUUGUGCUGUGACGCGGAUAGGUGUGAAUGUUCUGAAUGGCGGUGUACGGAGUCCUGUGAUGCUACCAUGAUCAGGGACUGUACUCCUGGGUGCGAUAUCAUGGAGGAGAAACCAAUCGCUCAACUUUGCUGUGGCGUUAGAGAAGGAGGAGACAACAAAGAGGAAGAAAAGGAAGAAACAUGGGGAGACGAAGAAGAAGAAGAAGAUUGUAACUGCGGGAAGUGGGUAGGAGUAUCGUGUGUUCUUGAUGAGAGUGGGUGUGUGCAGGAGGAGUGGAGAGUCUGCAGUCCCAAUUACUGUCAGGAACAAGUGCGCAAUGUGACCAGUACAUGCUGUGAUAACGACCAGUCAGUCAUACCAGAGGACUGUUCAGCCUGCGGACGGUGGAUUGACAUAGGAAAAUGUAGAGACGAUAAGAACGGGACACAUCAGUGGAGGAGUACGCGAGUCUGUGACAAGAAUUCCUGCGAAGAGUUCAGAUGUGUACCUGACGGGAAGCACUGUAAAGAAGAAAAGUGUGGACAGUGGUACGAUAUAGGAAUAUGCGAUCUUCAGCCAGACCAGGGGAACGGAAUUCAUCAAUGGAGGGACACAGAGGAGUGUUUCUGUGAGCCUUACCGAUGCCGUCCAACCAGUCCAGAAGCUCCUGAUGAUCUAAAAUUGUGUGAGUGCACUGGAUGGCAGGAUAUUUCGGGAUGUGACGUGGAUUGUAUCAAUACAGUUAGCAGGAGUUGCAAUCCUCCCGCUUGUGCUGAAGAGUGGCGUAUUCAAUCUGGAUUCUGCUGCAAUUAAGCCUUUUAGUCACACUACUCCAUUUUCAUUGUGCAUUGUGUCGAAUAAUGAUUCAUCUCGUACUGUUAAUUUAUUUGGUAUUUUGUGUCAGUCACAAGUGUCAGUCACAUUUUGUUAAAGUAUUCAGAAAUAGUGAUAAACCUUGUUAAACAGAGUUUGACAGAUAUUGUUAACCAUGAGGUGGCAAGCAAAAUACCUCGUAGUAUUCCGCAUUUUGUCUGACACACUUUAUGACUUUACAAUAUAUAAUUAUUGUGCAAUUUGAUUUCAAUUCCCUUAUUGCUAUUGGACUGCGCAUUCAUUUUCACAUUUCAUAUCAUUUA